UCAUUUUUAUUGAACAUUAUGGCGAGUUGUUUGGAGGUAAAAGACAUGGAUUUGGAAUGGCAGACAUCAAAGAGCACUGUGCUCGAACGAAAUAAACAAAUGUUAAACAAUCCAUAUUUAAGUGAUGUUUUAAUCACGUGUGAAGGCUUUGAUGAGGAGUUUUAUGCUCAUAAGUACGUUUUGUGUACAAGUUCAUCUGUACUCGAUGGCAUGUUGAACGGCGAUGGAUUCGCAGAUAUGUUUAUCAACUCAAUUCAUAUUAGUGACUCUGAUCCCAUAAGCAUUUUGUCGUUUCUUACAUUUUUAUAUACAGAUGAUUGUUCUUUGCUUUCUUCAAAUAUUAUCUCUGUUAUGUCGUUGGCAAAAAAAUACAAUGUCCCUUCGCUUCUUCACAAAUGUAUUCAAGACAUCUCGAGUAUUUUAAAUCCAAAUAAAACGCUGGGAAUAUUACAGAAAGCGAUUGAAAAAGAACACAAUGAGUUGUUGAGUGAAUGUUGGAAAUUUGUCGAGAGUUUCACAGAUGAAGUGGUGAACUCCGAAGAGUUUAAUUGUAUGUCUUAUGAUAUGUUAGUGAGCUUAUUGAAACGCAAGAAUUUACAAAUUGCCGAAGUGGAUUUGUUUCAAGCAGUUCUACGUUGGUCUGAUUAUCAUUGUGUCAUGAAUAGUUUUGAAUUGACUCCCGAGAAUAGACGUUUCAUGAUGGGCGAUGCUAUUUACGAAAUCCGUUUCCUAGCAAUGACGCAGGAGGAGUUUGCGCAGUACGUCUCACCUACUCGUUUGUUGUCGUUCGGCGAAAUGGUUCCUAUAUAUGAGAAGUUUAAUGGGGUGUAUUCCCCGGAGUUAGAAUGGAAAGAGGCCACUAGAGAACGCAAUCCCAUUACAAUAAAAUGUCCCAAAUUUUCUCCAACUAAAAUUUUACCAAAAUCCCUUUCUGACAACACUUAUUUCCUGGUCAGCUUCUCCGCCAACAAAGAUCUUUUUCUUCGUGGAGUUUGUCUGAACGUUAAACCCAACGAAAAAGUGACAGUUUAUCUUAAAAGAGCUCAACCAAACGGUGGUUAUAGUUGUGAAACACCUUACAUAAAUAUUUCAUCCGGUAACAUGAUGUUUACUAAACCUAUUGAAGUAUCUUGUGGAAGUGUUGUGACGUUGCUGGCAGUAAUGAUGGGCAGUUCAUUUGGCUAUUAUGAAUUCGCCGAACAUAUAGUGACGCAAGUUGAUGACGUAGUAGUGACGUUUAUCGAAACGUAUUUGCCACAUUCGUGUGAGUCAGGUUGCGUUAUUCCCGAGGGUUGUUUUGAAGAGCUACUAUUCUCUGUAUGA